AUGAAAGUCACAGAUAUACCACUGAAGCUGGGAUUUUAUGUUCUUCAAAAAUUUGAUUCUGAGAGAAUGGUGAUAGAUAUUGAAGGAAAAGAACUCAAAAUAACAGCAGAGUCUAUUCAUGACAUGUUUGGCAUACCAAUUAGUGGAACUAAACUUACACAACUGGAUCAAUGGCCUAACGAUGAUACAAGUUAUGAUGAAUGGAAGCAACAAUUUAAAAAAGAUUCAAUCAUCCGACUGAGUGCAAUAAAAAAUGUUAUUGUUUCUACCACACAAGUUGAUUUCAAUUUCAAAUUGAACUUCUUAGUUCUUUUUGUCAACAUGUUUUGCGAGUCAACAUCAAUGGGAAGAUGCAACUUGUUUCCCUUGAGUUAUAUUUCAAGAAGAACAGAUAUCAGCAACAUAGACUGGUGCAGCUAUGUUUUGGACUGUCUUGUCAGAACAAAAAACUCAUACAUACCAUACUCAGAUACCAACUUCUUUGUUGGACCUUCAGCUUUCUUGGCGGCAUGUGAAUCAAAAAUAUUAAAAAUGAUUAAUAGUUUUGAGAGGAUGAAGGAAAAGUUGAAUUCAAAGCUUAAUGAUGCGAUGACAAAGUUCCCUGAAAAGGAAAGUUUUAGAAUUUUCAAAGAAAAGAUAACAAAUAUGAUUGUUGAAGAAAAAACUGAAAGCACAACACUUUUUAAUUUUCCAAUUAAUGAAACUGGAGUUGAAGGAAUCAAUUUGACACCAAUAAUGGGUCAAAAAACAAAUGAUCAAACAGAAAAUGAAGAUAAAGAGGCAAAUGGUGAAGAAGAUAGUGAUAAUGGUGCAAGUCAACCAAAAGUAGAUUAUUUGCUUGAUUCAAAUGAAGCAGAUAAUGAAGAAAUAAAGAAUGAUAUAGAUAAGAAUCAAAAAGAAGGUGAAAUUGGAUUAGAAGAGAAAGAUGGAAAGAUGAAUGAAAAUGAGAAUGAUGAAGAGGAAAAAGAUGAUCAUGCUGAGGAAACAAAUAAUUAUGAGGAGACUAUUCAACAAACUAAAAAUGAAAAUUUGUUGGAUAAAGUUGUUGACAACAUUGUGGACAAUGUCCUUGGAAUUGGAAUUUCAAGUUUAAAUAGUCAAGAAGAUGAAAUCUGGAAUCACCCUGAAAUGAAAACUAUUUUCGAUAAUAUUGAUAUAGGGUCACCAAUGAGUACAAGUAAAACUAAUACUCUUUCAAAAAAGGAAAAAUCAGAAGGCAAGGAAAACUCUGAAGAUAGAAAUGAAGGAGGAACAGAAGCUAAGAACACGAAAGAUGGAGAUGUGGUUGUCCAGACAAAAUAUGGUCAGAUAACAAAAAGAGCAAUUAUGGAAAGUCUAUAUGCAAACACAAAGAUUUUUGAAGAAGUUUUAGCCAGUUGGUCUGAUUUACUUAACCACCAAGAACUGGAAAGGGAUUUUGGAAAUUCACCAUACAGACUCUUCUUGAAAGUUGGAGUUUGUAAUGCUUAUCUAACUUCAACAUUGUCUGAUGAAAGAAAGUAUAAAAAAUUCAAGGAGAACUUUCAUGAGAGUACCAAUGGGUACAAAAAAUUCUUAAACAUAAAAGAUAUUGACAUGAAACCGUCAAUUGAAAUUCUAGACAAUAGUGCAGUUGAGGGGGAUUAUGAAGGAAAAUACGAAGUAAUAUUGAAACCUUUGAAAAUUUUGAUUGUGAGAUACUUUAAAAAUAUAAACCAUCCAAGAGCAAAUGCAAUCUCAAAAGAAAGUAUCAAACCCCAAUGA